AUGCCCACUAUAAAACAGGAUGAAUCCUCAAGCCACGAGUGCAACCAGCGCAUGAUUCUCCUCUAUGGAGUGGGUAAGGAGCGUGAUGAGGCGAGGCAUCAGCUGAAGAAGAUUACCAAAGACAUCCUCAAAAUCCUGAACAAGAAGAGCACUACAGAAAUGGGUGUUGGGGAUGAAGGGCAGAAGGCCAGGAAGACCAAGCCAGAGGCAUUUCCAACCCUGGAGACUGUGUUCACAAAGCUGCAGCAGUUGUCCUAUUUCGAUCAGCAUCAGGUGACAUCCCAGAUCUCCAGCAAUGUCCUUGAACAGAUUACUAGCUUUGCCUCAGGAACAUCAUACCACCUGCCUCUGGCUCACCACAUCCAGCUCAUCUUUGAUCUCAUGGAACCAGCACUGAACAUCAACGGGCUUAUAGACUUUGCCAUACAGCUGCUGAAUGAGCUGAGCGUGGUGGAGGCUGAGCUGCUGCUCAAGUCAUCCAGCCUGGCUGGGAGCUACACUACAGGGCUGUGUGUCUGCAUCGUGGCCGUGCUGCGGCGGUACCACGCCUGCCUCAUCCUCAGCUCCGAGCAGACCGCACAGGUCUUCGAAGGGUUGUGCGGGGUAGUAAAACAUGUUGUGAAUCCCUCCGAGUGUUCCUCUCCAGAACGGUGCAUUUUAGCUUACCUCUAUGACCUGUAUGUGUCCUGCAGCCACCUGAGAAGCAAGUUUGGAGACCUGUUCAGUAGUGCCUGUUCCAAGGUGAAGCAGACGAUCUAUAGCAACGUUCAGCCCUCGAACUCCAACUUACUGUGGGACCCGGAGUUCAUGCUGGAUUUCCUUGAGAAUCCUUCUGCUCACAGCAUUAACUACUCUAUGCUGGGCAAGAUCCUGAGUGACAAUGCUGCCAACCGCUACAGCUUCGUCUGCAACGCCCUGAUGAAUGUGUGCAUGGGGCACCAGGAUGCAGGGAGGAUCAAUGACAUCGGGAACCUGUGUGCAGAGCUGACAGCGUGCUGCACUGUGCUCAGCUCCGAGUGGCUGGGGGUUGUGAAAGCUCUCUGCUGCUCUUCAAACCACGUCUGGGGCUUCAAUGACCUGCUCUGCAGCGUGGAUGUGAGUGACCUGUCUUUCCACGACUCCCUGGCCACGUUCAUCGCCAUCCUGAUCGCACGGCAGUGCUUCUCCCUGGAGGAUGUCGUCCAGCACGUCGCGCUGCCUUCCCUGCUGGCAGCUGCCUGUGGAGAUCCAGAUGCUGAGCCUGGGGCCAGGAUGACCUGCCGACUGCUCCUGCACCUCUUCAGGACUCCCCAGGUGUGCCUCCUUCCCCAGGGAACAGGGAAGGGAAAUUAUUGGAUUCGUUCUUCUUGUGAUCGUCACCUCUUGGCUGCUGCUCACAACAGCAUCGAAGUGGGAGCUGUGUUUGCAGUCUUGAAAGCAAUUUUGAUGCUUGGUGAUGCUGAAAUUGGCAGCAACAAUGUCAACUCCUUGAAGAGUGAAGAGUUCCAUAUGAGAGGCUUCUUAGAUGAGCUCAGUGAGGAGGAAAUCUGGAGUUCCUCUCACACUUUGAAAUCCUGUGGAAAAGCUGUUUCCAUCGAAACCGCCAGUCUGAGCGAGUACGCGAGAUAUGUGCUCAGAACCAUCUGCCAGCAGGACUGGGUAGGAGAGCACUGCUUGAAAGAACCUGAGAGGCUAUGCGCAGACAAAGAUCUUAUUUUGGAUCCUGUUCUCUCAAACAAACAAGCACAGAAACUCCUUCAGCUUAUCUGUUACCCUCAUGGUGUUAAAGAGUGCACCGAGGGUGAUAACCCUCAGCGGCAGCACAUCAAGCGCAUCCUGCAGAACUUAGACCAGUGGACUCUGCGGCAGUCGUGGCUGGAGCUGCAGCUGAUGAUCAAACAGUGCAUGAAGGAGCCUGGUUCUGGGUCUGUGGCUGAAAUGAACAGCUUGUUGGAUAAUAUCGCAAAGGCGACAAUAGAGGUGUUUCAGCAAUCCGCUGAGCUAAACAAUAACUCUUCUAACUCUGGUAUAGGCCUCUUCAGUCCAAACUCUGUUGGAAAUGCUGACACAAGUAAUACAAGACAGAAUGGUAAAAAGACAUUCCUAAGUUCCUCUGAGCGGCGAGGAGUGUGGCUGGUGGCCCCCCUGAUUGCAAAACUGCCUACCUCGGUUCAAGGUAGGGUCUUGAAAGCUGCGGGAGAGGAGCUGGAGAAAGGGCAGCAUUUGGGGUCAUCUUCUAAGAAGGAAAGAGAUAGACAGAAACAAAAAAGCAUGUCCUUGCUGAGCCAGCAGCCUUUCCUGUCACUGGUCCUCACUUGCCUUAAGGGACAGGAUGAACAACGGGAAGGGCUUCUCACAUCCCUGCAGAAUCAAGUUACUCAGAUCCUCAGUAACUGGAGGGAAGAACGGUACCAGGAUGAUGUCAAAGCCAGGCAGAUGAUGCAUGAAGCCCUGCAACUGCGUCUCAACUUGGUGGGUGGCAUGUUUGACACGGUACAGAGGAGCACCCAGUGGACCACAGACUGGGCCCUUCUGCUCCUCCAGAUCAUCACCUCAGGAACUGUGGAUCUGCAGACCAACAAUGAAUUAUUCACAACUGUGCUGGAUAUGCUGGGGGUCCUCAUCAACGGGACACUCGCCUCGGACCUGUCAAAUGCCUCCCAGGGAGGGCCUGAGGAAAACAAAAGGGCUUACAUGAAUUUGGUGAAGAAAUUAAAAAAGGAGCUGGGGGACAAGCGAUCCGAGAGCAUCGACAAGGUUCGUCAGCUGCUGCCGCUGCCCAAGCUGACAUGUGACAUCGUGGCCUGUGAGCCCAUGGGGUCCCUGAUCGACACCAAGGGCAACAAAAUUGCAGGGUUUGACUCCAUUGAUAAGAAACAGGGUCUCCAGGUGUCAACCAAACAAAAGGUGUCCCCUUGGGAUUUAUUCGAAGGCCACAAGAAUCCUGCCCCUCUCUCCUGGGCAUGGUUUGGAACUGUUCGUGUAGACAGGAAAGUGAUCAAAUAUGAGGAGCAGCAGCAGCUGCUGCUCUACCACACACACACCAAACCCAAACCACGGAGCUACUACCUCGAGCCCUUGCCCCUUCCUCCUGAGGAGGAGGAGGAGGAAGAGCCCACUACACCUGUGUCUCAGGAACCAGAACGAAAGCUGGGAGAGCUCUUGGAUCAGGGAAAACAUGCCAUGGAUGAUGAGAAGAAGGCAAAGGGCAGGAAGAGGAAGUCGAAGUCAAGCUUUAGGACUGAGGAAUACUCCCAGAGCAGCUUGUACAGAGUGCCUCCCACCUACUCCCCACUGCCCUCCCCGAUGGCACACCCUGCCCCACCAGCCCUGUGGGGGUACAGCGUGGGGGGACCCCCCCCACAGCCCAACUUCUUCCUGCAGAGCCAGUCUCUCGCUCCAGGUGGCUCCAGGCUGGACCCAGCAGGCUCCUUUGUCCCAACAAACACGAAGCAAGCCCUGUCCAACAUGCUGCAGCGGCGCUCGGGCUCUGUGAUGCAGCCACCCUCGAUCCAUGGGAUCUCACCUCAGCAGCAGCUGCUUCAGAUGAAGCUCCUGCAGCAAGAGCAGCAGCAGCAGCGGCUCCUGCGGCAGCAGGCACAGGCACGGGCUCUGCAACAGAGUCAGCCGAUGGACCAAGCUGCUGUUUUCACUCCGCAAGCUCGACUGCCAUCCCAGCUCCCACAGUACCCAGGGUUACAGCAAGCACAGAGCCUGCCCCACGGAUACACCCUGUACAGCACGGCAAUGCCAGGGCAGCAGCAGCCUGGCGUGGGGCUGUCCCCCAGCUACCCUCCCCGGCCCUACACAGCAGCUCAGCACAGCCCCACACUGCUGGAGCGGCUGCGGCUGGGCCAGCACCACGGCGCGUUCCUCCAGCAGCAGCCACCUGCCUACGGCCCCGCUCCGGCCGGCACCUCACGACUGAACCAUCAGCCUCUGCAGCCCAAUUCCCUGGUUGGAGGGGGACUGGACAGUGCCUCAGCUGCAGGGCCCCACGUGGCACUGGGCUCAGGACAGCUGCCACCGGAGCCAGGGAGACAGAGGCAGCAGCAGGGCCGGCAGCAGCGGCUCUUCCAGGUACAGCAGCAGCAACCAGGCCAGCAGCCAACGCUUGGACUCCAGCCCGUGCAGCCACAGCAGCCACUGCAGUUCCCAAGGCCAGGCUUGCAGCAGACCCAGCAGCAGCAGCAGACAGCGGCGCUGGUCAGGCAGCUCCAGAAGCAGCUCUCCAGUAAUCAGCCACAGCAAGGGGUGAGCCAGUAUGGGCACCCCCCACACUUCUGA